AUGACUCCUCUCGAAUGGAACGACGCUGCUCACGCAUAUUCCUCCAACAGGCCAGCACCGGUCCUGACAGUGGCACCAGUGUCUCAAAUUGGCGAUGGCCAGAUCCAGGGCGGAAUGCACACCGUGACCAUGGCGCCAGUCACACAGAUAGGCGAUGGUCAGAUCCAGAAUCCUGCCAUAACGACAGUGCCUCGCGCAGCCGUGCCGGGCACGGCUUCAGCAACCCCCCACGACGCAACGGGAGGAGGAGACGAGCACCCCUGCGGGCGUCCAACAGGGUCAAGUCCAUCCCUUGGAGAUUUGGAUGUGGAUCUGGAAGCUACCCCAGCCUUGCCAUCGAGCACGAUACUUACCGGCAAUCCUCGCCUACCUGCUACCCGCUCUCCGACUCCCGCGCCAACCACAUUCUCAAUCUCCACCACGACAUCCCAAUUACCAAGCAGUACGGUCGCGAGCACCGCCCCAAAGCUCAGCCUGGUGUCCUGCCUGACGCAGUCGACGCUACAGCUGACCCUCUCGGACAACAACCUCUACGACGCGCUCAACCGCACCGGUUACAUCGCGUCCAACUACCAAUUCCAAUUCGACGGGCCGCCCCAGUCCGGCGCCCUCUAUACGAGCGGCUGGUCCGUUUGUCCUGUAGUCUCCGCCGACCCCGACGCCGACAUCGGCACACCACCAGCAGCAACAACAGACAGCGGCCUGAUGGCCCUCGCGCUCGGAAACUCGACUACCUUCUGGCAGUGCCUCAGCGGCGAGUUCUACAACCUCUACACCGAGAACUGGGCCGGGCAGUGUAGUCCCGUUGAGAUCAGGGUCGUUGGUUUGGUGGACUGUGAUGAUGAUGAUGCUCGGUGA